GCAAAAACCCUCCAAAUUUCCCCGAAAAAACAAAACAUGAAAAGCUUGAGAUUGGUUUUCAACGGGGCACUCCAACUUUAGAUUGUGUGAAUCAGUUUCCUCCAAAAACACAACUAAACGCAGUCGUUUGGUCUCCCAAAACAAUUAUUUUCAACACCUUUUCUCUUUUUUAUUUUUCGAUUUCAUUUUCCUUCAAUCAAAUUCGAACUCCAUCUCGCCCAUGCACUCGUGAGUCUCUUCUUUCAAAGCUAGUAACUAGUUUAUUUUAGAGUCGAUCUACAAGUUUCCUCACUGAACACUUCAAUGCAGAAAAGUGCGGGAGGUAUUACAAGUCACUUGCUUGGAGGUUUAUGUUGUUAUCUAAGAAGAUGCAUAUUUUCCGUUUUAUCAGUCGGUCCUUUGCCGAAUCAUGUGGCUUUCAUCAUGGACGGGAAUCGAAGGUAUGCGAGGAGGAGAAACUUGGGAGAAGGUGAUGGCCAUAAGGCUGGUUUUUCAGCUCUCUUGUCCAUCCUUAGAUACUGUUACGAGUUGGGAAUUAAGUAUGCAACUGUCUAUGCAUUCAGCAUCGAUAACUUCAGAAGGAAGCCUAAAGAGGUUCAAACAGUCAUGGAAUUGAUGCGAGAAAAGAUCGAGGAGUUGCUUCAACAAGAAAGCAUUAUUAACGAAUACGGUGUAAGAUUACAUUUCAUUGGAAACAUGCAACUAUUGACUGAACCUGUCAGGGUUGCUGCAGAAAAGGCAAUGAGAGUUACUGCCCACAACCAAGAGAGAGUUCUUUUAAUUUGUGUUGCCUAUACUUCGACUGAUGAGAUCGUGCAUGCUGUUCAAGAGUCCUGCAUAGAUAAAUGGAAUGAAGUUCAAACACCCAAGGAAGAUAAAGUUUCCAACGGUGAAUUUACAAGAAUUAACACUGGCCUUAAAAGAAACGGUCUUGAUUUGAAUUUUCAUGAUACAUGUAAAGAAAAUGCAAUCAAAGGAGUGGAAGGUGAUGGAGAGAAAGAUGCUUUGUUUGAUCAAAAUGUCGAAAAACAUAGUGAUAAUUACGGUGAAGCUGAAAUCGCAUUGUGCAAUGGGAUGGUUGAAAUAACUAAUGAGAGAAAGUUCAAGCAGGAUGAGUUUGCUUCUAUAAAACUAGUUGAUAUUGAGAAACACAUGUACAUGGCAGUGGCACCUGACCCAGAUAUCUUGAUCCGAACUUCGGGAGAGGCGCGGCUCAGUAAUUUUCUUCUUUGGCAGACUAGUGCAUGCCCUUUGUAUGCACCAAAAGUACUUUGGCCUGAAAUUGGUCUGAGACACUUGGUGUGGGGAGUGUUGAACUUUCAGAGACACUAUUUUUACUUGGAAAAGAAAAAGAAACAGUUUUAAGUGUAACCUUAUUACUCAGCCAUAAUUCAGAGCACAAUUAUUGUCAUGAUAGAUUGCUUCGCUAUCUUAAGCCAUUUUUAUGUUUUAUUUUAUUUUAAUUUGAUUGUUGAAAUUGUACGAGUUUAAGUGAACCGGGAUGAAAAGAAACCACCAGCAAUAAUAGAAUAUAGAUAUAUGAUGUAUACUUGUAUGGUGUACUAAUUUUUCAUA